AUGUUGCCUCCUAAGGAACCCAACACGUCCUCGACCACCACCACCUUUACUCUCCCAUUGAGAGCUGCGCCGGCAAAGUCACUCACUCUCGAUCCCUAUUUCACUCUCCUCUACGAAGACAACAAGACGGCCUUGCACCACUUCCUUCACGACAAAGCGCCUCUUCCUGUCAAAGAUAUCCUCGCAACACCACGAUUCGUCGAAUAUGUCUUGAGCAAAGAGCCCGGUCCAAAGGUCCAGUACGAAAACCUUCGACCUGCCCUGACUGCCAUUCGUUCCUUCUUGCUCAGCUCUUCUGGCGGCAAGAGGCUUUUGGCAUUCUACAAGCACCUCCUACAAAUCCAAGGUCGCUGGUUGAUUGCGACGGCUGAAUUGGUCGGCUUUGAACUCUAUGUCAAGCUCACUCACGCCCUCUUCAUCUCCCGUGAUGACAAGAAGCUUUUGGCCCAUUUCGUCGAGGUCAUCCCAGACACUGUGUCCAAGGUGGCGGAUUACAGCACCCUCGACAAAGCUAGCUUUGACAGCCUCUUCGCCUCCGAGAAGAGUCGUCUUCAGGAGGCUUGCUUCACCGCGACUGACGGCCUCUUCGACUUCAAAGUCUCCAGGGCGUUUUACCACUCACACGGGAAACUUCUCACUGCCAUCGAGAUCCAUGAAGCCAAGCUUCAGGAAUUGCGGGAGCGAGCUGAGCGCCGUCGUGCUGAACGCCAGGCCAGGAUCCAAGCCGCGUACGCACGAAAUUCAGCUACUGUCUACCGACAGAUGGGUAUGGGGGCCAGGCUUACCCACACUCCGCACGCCGACGCCUCGAUCUGUGAGUACACCAAGCGGAUCUUCGAUGAAUUCCUCUCUUUCGGCGGGGAGGCUGGUGCUGAUGUACCUCUUCAAGUCACCGAGGAAUAG